AUGUUCGCCAUCAACAGCAUCAACAAGUACCUCGGUCUCAUCUCCGGCUCCACAUCCAAAGAAACCAUCGCCGAGCUUCCCCAAGGCCAGCUGUACAUCGUUCGCCCGCGCAGUCCAAAGGGUUAUAGCGAGCUCAUCUUCAGGGACUCGGCCGCUUUUCUGCGAAGAACUGGACAAGAGUUCCAGUAUCAACUGUGCAUUCAGCGAGCAUACGAGGAGGGAGAGGCAGAUUUGCUGGAAGACGAAGGAGCAGAGGAGGGUGCACUUGACGCACUAGGCGAUAAGGACGAGAAGACAUUUCUAGUCGACGAGGAACUGUGUCUGCGCAUUGAGCAUCGGGAAGAAGGUGAGAUCGUACUCGCGUGGAAGGAUUUGUCGGGCGACGAGGGAGACCUGUUCGAAUUCGUUUGCGAUUCAUCCAUCCGCCCCGACGCGGCCGUCACCUUUCAGUUGGCAGCUGCGCGGUGUCAGUACGAACGCAAGUAUCGUCGCGAUCACAAGCACGCCACCGAUYAGGACCUCGAGGAAUUCGCCUUUGACGACGAACCGGAAAUUCCACUCGCCAGUCCCGGUCCCAGCGCACCUGAAAGCCCAACUUUGCGAUCACUCGCUGCUUCACCAGCUGCACAUACACCGGGCAGUCUGCACAAGGAAGUUCCCGCCAUCAUGCCACGCGAGUCAGGGAAAAAGAGGGAGGUGGACCUGACCCCGACCAAGGCACCCACGUAUCGGAACGCGCCAAAGAGCACAGAAGUCUUGGUGACCGAAGAAGCCGAGCUUCAUCUAUUCGAUUUUCAAUCCGGGACUUUUAUCCUUCAAGACGCAUCUGUCCAAGCGCUGGUCACCGAGACUGGUAACUGGAAAUACUGGCUGCAAAUCACUGGCGAUAAGAAGCAGUGGCUCGGACAAGAGGUGGUGCCAGACAUCAACCCGGUUUUCAACUUUGAAUACCUGAGCUUCAUCUUCAACCACUACACUGAAGAUGGUUCUGCGUACUCUUGGUUGUUGAAAUUCAACGACCGCGAAACUGUGGAGAGCUUUCAGCAAGGUCUGAUGCAAGCACUGUGGGAACACUUGAAUGAGACCAAGUGGAUGAAGGCCACGGAUCAGGAUUACGUUCUGAACGCUUUCAAUGACCUUGUGAUCGAGGAUGAUCGGGAUGAUGAGCGAGAGCGAGAAGCCGCAGAAGAAGAUGAGGAGUCGGACGAUGAAUUUGAAGAAGCGAAUGAGCGCAACGCAGAGCCCGACUUUGAUUCUGAUGAGGAGGAGGACGAGAUUGUAAACCGCGACGACGACGGCAAUGUCAACAGUCAGCUCGCAGUCGGCGCCAGCGUUAACAGGUCUUUCGUCGUACGCGGAGACAAGAUUGGCGUCUUCAAACACACCGAUAACAACGGUCUGGAAUUCAGCACCAGCAUCAACAAGGUCUCAAACAUGAAGGGGAAACAAUUUGCUCCUUCCAAGAUCAUGCUGCAUUCCCAGGACCGCAACAUGGUUCUACAGGAUCCCAACGACCCCCACCGUGUAUUCCGCAUGGACUUGGAAGUUGGCAAAGUGGUUGAUGAGUGGAAAGUGCACGAUGACAUUCCCGUCAAUAUCUUUGCCCCUGAGAACAAGUUCGCGCAAAAGACCGGAGAACAAACAUUUUUGGGUCUUUCGAAGAACGCGCUCUACCGCAUUGAUCCGCGCCUGAGCGGUAAUAAGCUUGUGGACAGCGAGCUCAAGCAGUACGUUAGCAAGAAUGACUUCUCUGCGGCUGUUACAACAGACAAGGGAUACAUUGCUGUCGCUUCCAACAAGGGAGAUAUUCGCAUGUUUGAUCGUCUCGGUAUCAAUGCCAAGACCGCACUUCCAGCUCUUGGUGAUCCUAUCAUUGGCCUCGAUACCAGCGCUGAUGGUCGUUGGCUCCUCGCUACCACUAAGACGUACCUUCUCCUCGUCGAUAACCUACAGACCGAGGGCAAGAAUGCCGGCAAGCUCGGAUUCGAAAAGGCGUUUCCCAAGGACAACAAGCCCCAGCCUCGUCGUCUGGGACUCACUCCAUCUCACGUUGCYCAAUUCCAGCAUGAAACGAAAGCUCCGCUUGCUUUCACUUCUGCUCACUUCAACACCGGAGAAGGCAAAGAUGAGACCACUAUUAUCACAUCUUCUGGGCCAUAUGUUAUCACUUGGUCGAUGAAGAAGAUUCUCGAUGGCAGGAAGGACCCUUACCACAUCAAGCGGUAUGCUGAGGAGGUCAAGGCCGACAAUUUCCGCUUCGGCAGCGACAAGAACAUCGUUGUUGCUCUGCCCAAUGAGGUCGACAUGGUGGCACGUCGCGCCCUGCAGCGACCAACAAGGGAGAGUAUCAUGGCUACGCCACAGAAGGGAAAGGCCAGAGGUAGCUAUCUCAGGAACGAGAUUGUGAACUCUCCCUACUAA